GUAGCUAGAUCAUUUAAAACAAUGAUCUAUUUCAUUACAUAUUUGUCUUGCAGGAAGUUAAAUAUGAUCGCCGUAGCAAGGCUUUGCACCAGAUCACACAGCAUGUAUGCGAGAUCCGGCCUAGCUAGCUAACGACGUUAGCGAUCUAGUGUCUGCAGCUAGCUAUACAGCCGAAACUGAUUUGGGGGUUUUGUCAGACUCGUAUCAACAGCUAAUUAGAGGGAAAGGAGAGUUGCCUAGAUAUUACUUGGCAAUUAUUGUAAAUGGCUAAUUAAACUAAUAGGUUACAGUCAACCAAUAUGAAGACAGCUAGCUAGUAGUCAGCAUUAAUGUUGGAUGAGUGACCAUAUCCAAGCUAACAGUUAGCUCGCUAGCUACGGGAUUUUGCUAAGUUUCAGCAUGGCAGACAAAAAUGGCAAGAAAGGGAAACCUGCAAGUGUUAAGAGAACAUUGACCAAGAGAGAACAAGAAGAUCUGAAGAAAAAGGAAGAAGAAAAAGCAGCUGAAGUUUUUGAAGAGUUUUUAGCAUCCUUUGACAGUAGUGACAAAAGUGGCGUGAAAACAUUUGUUCGUGGGGGGAUCGUGAAUGCAACUAAAGAAGAGGAAGCAGCAGAGGUAAAAAAGAGCAAGAUUUACAGACCAAUCACAAAGUUUACUUCAGUGCCCCAGAAUGUCUCCCCAGCACAUUCUGCUGAUAUCAGAAGGCCUGUUGUUAAAAAGAAGACGGAAGAGAAGAAGAAGAGCAACCUAGAACUUUUCAAAGAGGAGCUAAAGCAAAUACAGGAGGAACGUGAAGAAAGGUACAAAAGAAAGAAGAAUGAGCCUGGAGGAGGAUUUGGUGAAUUGGACAUACCACUAACACGACGAUCUAUAUUCGAUGAUGACCCAGCCACACCGAACACUACCAACCUGUACAUUGGCUGCAUCAACCCUAAGAUGAAUGAAGAAAUGCUUUGCAAAGAGUUUGGCAAGUAUGGUCCUCUGGCAAGUGUGAAGAUUAUGUGGCCGCGUAGUGACGAAGAACGCACCAGGGUCACAAACCGAGGCUUUGUGGCCUUUAUGACCAGGAAAGACGCUGAGAGGGCCUUGGCUGCUCUAGACGGUAAAACGGUUAUGGGUUUUGAAAUGAAGCUGGGAUGGGGGAAAGCAGUUCGAAUCCCUCCCCAGCCUCUGUAUACACCCAUAGGGGUACUUAAAAUGUCCACGCCCCCACCCCCUUCUGGCCUGCCCUUCAAUUCUCAGCCCAGAGACCGUUUCCGCAAUGACUUUACCAAGCCAUGGAGCAGGUCAAAGGAGGAGUUUGAAAAGACUCUGUCCGAAGCCGUAGUCAAAGUGGUUAUCCCAACAGAAAGGAACCUUUUGGGCCUCAUCCACAGGAUGAUAGAGUUUGUGGUGCGUGAGGGACCCAUGUUUGAAGCCAUCAUUAUGAGCAAAGAGAAAAAUAACCCUGACUUCAGGUUCCUGUUUGACAACAAAAGCCAAGAGCAUGUGUACUACCGCUGGAAACUCUACUCCAUUCUCCAGGGGGAGCCGCCGAGUGAGUGGAGGACAGCAGACUUCCGGAUGUUCAGGGGGGGCUCCAUCUGGAGGCCACCCCUCCUGAACCCCUACCUGCAUGGAGAUGAGGAGGCGGGAGAGGAGGAGGAGUCGCCCUCUCAGGAGGAGGAGCUAAAGAAGGGCCAGCUGAAGACCGAACACAGGGAGCGGCUGGAGGCGCUGCUGAGAGGACUCAGCCCCCGCAGGGACGAGGUCGGCGAUGCCAUGGUGUUCUGUCUGGAGAGGGCCGAGGCAGCCGAGGAGGUGGUGGGGUGCAUCGCGGAGUCCCUGUCACUCCUGGGGACACCACUACAGAAAAAGAUCGCCAGGCUGUACCUGGUAUCCGACAUCUUGUACAACUGCGGCGCCAAAGUAACCAACGCGUCCUAUUAUCGUAAAUAUUUUGAAGCAAAAUUGCCCCAGAUAUUUGGGGACAUCAGUGAUGCUUAUCGAAACAUACAAGCAAGACUCCAAGCUGAACAGUUCAAGCAAAAGAUAAUGGGUUGUUUCAGGGCCUGGGAAGACUGGGCCAUUUACCCAGAGUCCUACCUGAUUCAGCUGCAGAAUAUCUUCCUGGGCCUGGUCAAGGCUGGAGAGGAGGUGAUCGAGAGGGUAGAGGUGUCGUCUCCUGACCUGGACGGAGCCCCGUUGGACGGAGCUCCACUGGACGACCUGGACGGCUCACCCCUGGCCUGGGACCCUGCCUCCCUGGAUGGGGUGCCUGUUGACGACAUUGACGGGGUUCCCCUGGGUGCCCCCUUGGACGACAUAGAUGGAAUGCCCCUGGAGGACCUGGCUCACUCCCGGGUGGCUCUGUCUAAAUGGGAGCGGGUGGACGAUUCUGAAGCUCUCCCCCAAGCCAACACUGAAUCCAAAUGGGACACCGUAGGAGAACGAUACCCUCGGGACGACCUGAAUGUAAGUGCCAACACUAAGGAAGAAGGGGAUUCGGAGGCCGACAGCAGCGACGACGACAGCCCGUCCAAGUACGAUAGUGCCGACUUCAAGAGCUCCCUCAGUAGUUUUGAGAUGUCGGAGAGCAAGAGGAGCAGGCUGAGAGAGCUGGAGGUGAAGGUGAUGAAGUUCCAGGAUGAGCUGGAGUCUGGGAAGAGGCCCAGGAAGUCUGGGAUGAAUGUUCAGAAACAAGUGGAGCACUACAGGAACAAGCUGCUACAGAAGGAGUUCGAUAAGGACGAGCAAGAGAAGAAGGAAAGAUCCACACCCAAGUCAAAAGACAGGUCAAAGAAGGAGGAGAGGAGGGAAAAGACAGAGGAGAGCAGUAAAGGACGGGACAAGGAGAGGAGUAAAAGGAGUCAAGACCGGGACAGGGACCGGGACAGGAGCAGAGGACGGAGUAGAGACACGGAGGAGCGAACUCAGAAAUACAGAGACUCUCCCUCAAAAACCAAGUCAAAGUCUCCCAAGAAGUCCAAGCGGUCCCGGUCGCCCUCGCCAGCCAGGAAGACGUGGAGGAGGUCCAGCUCCCGGUCCCCGCACCGCUCCCACAAAAAGACAAAGAAGAGCAAACACUGAACCUGUGGCCUGGACCCCGUUGCCUCUCCCCGCGAAGCAGCCAGCGGCCCCCGUGAACUGCCCUGCUCCGCCACACGCUUCAAUCCCCACAAUGCCUCUGGACUGUCUCUGCAAACCAACUGACAGCUGUCUGUUCCCCACUGUACCCAUGUCUUUGGCUGCUGCAGUCAAGAUCUGGCAACUUUUUUGUAAGAUGAAGUUUGAACAUUAUUUGUACAGUUCUCGAUUUGUUUUGUUUGACUGUUUUUAAACCCUGUUUAAUCAGAUUGUGACUAGUCCCUGAGACUUCACAAUAAAUCACUCUUGGCAAUGUA